AUGGUCUUCUUUAUCACGGUAGUUAUAUCUAUCAGUAAUUAUGCCGUAAGACAAAAUAAAGAAAUUGAAGAAGGCUGGGGUGACUCAGCUUACGUUAUAUCGAAAGUUGGAGUAAAUGCGUAUACUUUUAUAUUACAGCGAAGGUUAGCAGAUAAAGGCAUCAUCGUAAACUGUGUGCAUCCCGGAUACGUAAUGUCGGACAUGACACGCGGCUCCGGGAACGUGACCCCAGAGGACGCGGCGAAGGUGGUUUUAAACGUGGCUCUGGAACAAACGACGACGGGAGGCCAGUACGUGUGGCACGACGGCACUGUUGUACCGUGGGACGGCCCAGAUCCGAGGGGCUAUAUUGAUGGCAAAAAG